CAGUGGAUGUUUAAGUGUGAGAGAGCCCGGAAAACGGAAGAAGUGAAUUUUACACUGACUGGUUCGUUAGUUACUGUCAAAACAAUAACCAUUACUAAAUCUGCUCGGAACAAUGUACAGGUUAUCAACAGAUGGUAGAAGGUGGGUGUUGUCCAGUCGGUGACUCUGACCAUCCAUCUCCACUAUGGUGCUGUGCAGCAGCCUGCUGGCUGUGGCAUUCCUCCUGUCUCAGGCAGGGGGGUUCCUGCACUCUUUGGAAGAGGACGCCCUUCCUAAGGAGUGGGUGCUGCUCCAUGUGGUGCAGGGCCACAUCGGGGCAGGCAACUACAGCUACCUGCGGCUCAACCACGACGGCAAGAUCAUCCUGCACAUGCGCAGCCUCAAGGGGGACGCAGACUUGUACGUCUCGGACAAAACUCUGCGGCCCAGCUUCGACACCUACAAGCUGCAGUCGGCCACCUGCGGCCAGGACGUGGUCGUAGUGCCUGGGGACUUUGUGAGGCCCGUGGGGAUUGGCAUUUACGGCCACCCGUCGUACCAGGAGAGCGAGUUUGAGGUGAGGGUGUUUUACGAUCAGACUUCCCUCCAGGACCCGUUCGAUAAAAGGUCGUACCCCUCGGAGGAGGACCGGGGGAAGCAGAGCUACUCCCCAGCUCCAGAGGACGACUUCCAGGAAGAGGAGUCCAUCUUCUGGACUAUUUUCAUUGGUAUUCUGAAGAUUAUACUUGAAAUUUUGUUCUAAGAAAUGUGUGCUGCUGCUCGCUGUCAUGUGCAUUUAGAAUGAGGACACUUGUGGUCUAGUCGAGCUGAGCGCAUGAUGUCUUAAUUUAUCUGGGCCCGGUUUCCCAAAAGCAUCUUAAGGCUAAGUUCAUCUUAGAACCAUAGGACUUUUGGGAAACCGGGCCCUGGCAUUGGUGAUCUGAACAUUGGGCUGAAAUUAACCUAAGGGGAAGAAGAGGAAAAUCAAAGGGAAUAUAUUUUUUUUUCGUAAAUCGAUUGAUUAUCUUUUGAUUAAUGACAAAGGCAAUGCCAAUGUUGCUUGUCAAUCAACCUCUUGGCUGAGGCUUACCUCUGUGAAAAAAUAUUGAAUCAAACCACUAGUGUUUGCAUAUCUACAUCAAUUAUGCCAUCUGAUUAAAUGACUGGGUUAUGGUGCUGACCACUGCUCUCCAAGCAAAUACCAUGGCCUAACAAACAAUUGAAGUUUAAUCUGAUUGGUAGUGCCUCACUGGACAGACUCAUAGCACUUCUUCAUGGAACUCGUGCAAUGAGCCUGUUCACUUGAGGUCGUUUAGAGUUUAGCCAACCUGGGCCCGGUUUCCUGAUAGCAAUGGAACUUAGGCUUACAAGUGUUUUAACAAUGUAUCUUUCCUACAGCGGCCAAAGAUGUAACAUUUAAGUGAUAAUGCCAGAGCAACCAGUGUUUGGAGGAUAUAUUGGCACGGACGUCUCGGGCCGGC